AUGCCCAACGUUGGCAGGCCGUCUAAAGGGUGCCAAAACUGUAGAGAUCGAAAGGUCAAGUGUGAUCUCAAGCGCCCAUCAUGCGGCCAAUGCAUCAGGUCAGGGAAGGACUGCCAUGGCUACAGGGACCCUUUAGAAAUGAUGUUUCGGGAUGAGAACGAUGCUGUUGCUCGGAGGGCCAAGACCAAAUAUCAAGAGCUGGCAAGGACGAGAGUAAAGCGACAACAAAGGAAACGCCAACAGCAUCAAGGAGAAAGCUGUCCAAGUACUCCUAGUGAAACCAGCGAGACCAGUGAGACCAUCGAGGCCAGCCCAACGCCAAGUUCUGAAGAUGCCAAUCGUCUGAUGUCUGUUCAGAGUCCCUCUGCAACGCCUCCGCAACAGAGCCUCGUGCAUAGAGUACGGAAUGUGUCGCCAGCACGAGCCCUGGAACCCUCACUAGAAGACCAGGGCGUAGGUUUCUUCAUUUCCAACUAUGUCCAAGGACCGUCGCUUGUACCACGGGGACAUUUUGAUUUUCUCCCGGAAUUACUGGGCCAGGGCCCAUCCGAGACCAACCCGCUUCUACGGACAAGCGUCACAGCUGCUGGGCUAGCAGGGCUUGCGAUUGCUACGAAGAACAAUGCUAUCAUGAAAAAAGCACGGGAGCAAUACGUCGCCGCCUUAAGGCUUACCAACCAAGCUCUCCAAACUCGCGAGACAGCAAUUCAGGACAGCACACUGGUAUCCGUGAUUAUGCUGGGCAUGUACGAAGGCUUUUGGUUCGAGAGCAAAGGCUCAAUCAGAUCCUGGUCGAAGCACAAUAACGGCGCUUGUGCACUUAUCGCCUUGCGAGGAAAGGAGCAGCUGCUUGGCAAGCUCGGACACCGUAUAUUUCAGCAGUUUUACGGUGUUCUGCUGCUCGUUGCGACGCAGGCAAAUACUCGCGUUCCCCGUGAGAUGACGGAAUUUUGGGAGGCCAACACCCAGAUCGGAGACUACACAGUCUUUGGCAAACAAUGGACGACCAACAUGAUUCGGCAGAUGAGUCGUGCUCUAGACCUCAUCCAGGACUCGAGCGACGAUUUAGCCGCUAUAGUAAAAGCCACAGUUGAGCAUGACAAGUGCCUUGAAGAGAUACAAAAGGUGGUCCCUAACAUAUGGCAAUACGAAAAGGUGUGGCUCGACCCGGAUGCAGGAACCCUAUACGGGAGCUUCUACCACGUAUACGUGGAUCCCUGGAUCGCAGAGAUGUGGAACAACUUCCGCUCAAUCCGAAUUCUGUUGCAUAAACGAAUACUUGGUCAUCUUGUUAAAGGGGGACAACAGGUCCCGCCUGUCUUCACCGCGGGAAUGAUCGCCUAUCAAACACUGGCUUCAAGAGACGUCAUAUAUUCGGCUGCCGCCGACACCUGUGCUACUGUCCCACAAGUGAUCGGGCAAAUUCCCUACCCCUCGCUCCCUGAUAAAGCCCGUAACGAUCUGGGAAGCAUCUCGAUAUCAAGCAUUUACGACCCACUGGAUCCAACAUUCAAAUUGCGCCCACCUGGAACAUACUUGCAUCCCUCCAAGCCGACAGGCAUGCACCAGCUAAUUUGGCCCUUGUAUGUGACCGCCUCGGCAGAGAUCGGCUUCAGUGACCACAAGCGAUGGGUCGUCGGAAUCCUCCACUAUAUAGCUUCGCAGAUUGGAGCUAGGCAGGCAAUUGUGCUCGCCGAGGAACUUAGACAAUGUGUUGGUGACUACGGUUUUGGUGGCUACACACCCGAAAAGAUGUGUGCAGAACUUACCGCCUAUCUUGCUGCUACGCACAUAUCAGACGCCGCUCCCGAAUACCAUCCUAACUCCGCUGAGGCCUAUCGAACGGGUUUGAUGACGGUCGUUCAGGACUGA